AUGGUCUUAAAAGUUUAAUAUUCUCGUGUGGCAGAUUACCAAGUAGUCUUAGCCUACAGGUCCGGGGUUUCGAGGGGCGCGUACUGUUUAUGCUAACCUGGACUAGCUAAAUGGGUACAAGCAUACGUGGAUACAAGCAUACAUUUUCUUUUUGGAAAUCGAAACUCAACUUUACAAAAUGGAAACAUAUCAAAAUGGCGGCCGAACCUGAAAGAAGUUAUACUCAAGACCAAUUAGAAAGCGAAGAAGUUACGAAGAAAGAUAUUUUGUCUUUCCUUCAGGCGAAUGCAUCGAAAGCGUUUCUGAAAGGCAACAAAUUGAACGGAAAGCUGAACAAUGUUGCCAAGUCGUUUAAGAAAGACCAAGCCAUUAACCUCUACAAUAAAAUGUUUGAAACAAAGUCAUUUAAGAGUGAUGCAGAUGAAGAUGAUGAACCGGUAGUUGAAGUCACAAAGAAGCCAACUGUAAAGAAGGCAAGCGAGAAAGAAGCAGCAGUCAUUGAAAAACCAAAAUUUGUGAAGAAAGUUCUCAAGAAAGCCAGCAAGCCUGAUCAAAUCCCAAGGAAAGGUGAUCUUGUGAGCUGUUUUUACACAGGCAAACUACAAGAUGGCACUGUGUUUGAUACAAAUAUUGGAAAAGGUUCAAAAAAAAGAGGUGGCAGUUAUGUGCCAUUAAAAUUCAAAGUUGGAACAGGUCAGGUGAUUAGAGGCUGGGAUGAAGCUCUCAUGACAAUGGGAUUGGAAGAAAAAGCAGAGUUGACCAUUCAACCUGAGUGGGCAUAUGGAAGAAAAGGUCUACCUGAACACAAGAUACCACCAAAUGCAACUUUGAUAUUUGAAGUUGAGCUGGCAAACAUAGAAUAAAAUAAAUUACAUUGUCAAAUGAAUAUCAUCUGAGAAAACCAAAGCAAAACUUAAAGAAGGAAAAAUGCUUCGUAAUUUCAUUCCCAAGACCGCUACAUAGUGUUGUCUGCGAGUGGACCCAUAAGGAUGAGGCGAAGUAACAUUCAAUGGCGUUGUGUCAUUUUUUCUGUGAAUUCAGUAUUCGUGAUUUCAAUAUGCCUGUGGAAACUGAUUUUUUAUGUUUAAAGUGUUCAUUCAAUUACAAUCAUGUGAACAAAUCAGAGGAAAACUUAAAGGUCAAUUUCGAAACAUUGGUCGAAUUUUUCAGUUGAACUUUGAACCCCAAAAACGUUCCUUUGAAAACUAGUUGAAAUUGUACGUUUAUCUUAAAUUUAUUCCUACACAUGACUAUGUACAGGAGAGGAUAUUGUUCCUCUACUGUACGAAUGUAUUUUUCAAUUUUUUGUAUUUUGUUAGUUUGUCAUGAUGAUUUAAAUUGUUUUUCUUUGUUUUUUGCAA